CAAAUCUGUUGCUAAAUUGUUGGAAAAGAAAAGAUGAAUGAAAAUAAGAUAAGAUAGGUGAAUGGGUAGCGUCUUGUGGCAGGAAAACCGUGUUGCUGAUUGCAUUUAUCAUGGAAUCCUCGAGGCUUCUCGUGAAGCUAAUGCGUACAAGGCAAUGGAGAUUAAGGUAGAACAUGGGAAGUCUGAUCAUGAUCACCAUCUCAAUGAGCAAAAGCUUCCCCUCCUGGAAGCUGAUUUGCCCAUCCCUAACACAGAAGAGAAAAACUUGAUUCAGAAAGCUAUUAGUCAGACAUUUAAGAGCACAGCCCAUUUGGCUAAUCUAUUACCUACAGGAACGGUUCUUGCUUUCCAACUCUUAUCACCCAUAUUCUCAAACCAAGGCAACUGCGACUCAGUUAGCAGGUUCAUGACCGCCGGGCUAGUAGCUCUUUGCGGUUUGUCAUGUUUCUUAUCGAGCUUCACAGAUAGCUUCAGAGACAAGAACGGGGACGUCUGUUAUGGGUUGGCUACAUUUCGUGGCUUAUAUAUUAUUGAUGGGUCGGUAACUAUUUCACCAGAGCUCGCAGCAAAGUACCGCUUACGGUUUAUAGAUUUCAUGCACGCCUUCAUGUCAAUACUUGUAUUUGCAGCGAUUGCGCUAUUUGAUCAGAAUGUGGUAAAUUGCUUCUAUCCAACACCAUCGGCUGAGACGCAGGAAGUCCUCACGGCAUUACCAGUGGGAAUUGGUGUAAUUUGCAGUAUGUUGUUCGUUGUUUUUCCAACCCAGCGCCAUGGAAUUGGCUUCCCUCUCUCUCCCAUUUGAUAUAGUAGUUGUGCAAAGCCAUCCCUCUCCAAGAUGUAAAACUCAGGCAAAUUCAUUUGCACUUUUCAUCA